CAAACAGUUCUUUAUUGCUAUAUGCAUGAACCAAGCGGACUUAUUUUUGUGUAGUUCAUGUAUAUAGGAAAAUGGAAAAUGGAAAAUGGUGUAGUUCAUGUAUUAUUUUUGUUAUUGUGUUAAUUUUGUCUAGUUCAUGUAUUAUUUUUGUCUGCAAUAAUCAAGCGGACUUAUUUUUGUCUAGUUCAUGUAUAUAGUGUUACUUAUGUUAUUGCAGAUUGGAAAAUGGUUCCUGGCUUAAAGACUGGUCGGCUUCGGAAGAAGACACUCACGCAGCCAGAAACAGACUCGCCGGCUGCUAUUCCUUUAGGAUCACCCGUUGCUCCGUCUCCUGUUGUACCCGUCCGAUCAAAUGUGGGACCAUCUCAUCAUGUCACUAGCCAACCAAUGGAUGAUUCUGAUGAGACACAAGCCCCAUCCGAAACGCAGCCGAGUGGCGUAGGGACUUCGAAGCCCCUACGUGUACGUGGACCGACACUUGGCAAGGGCAUACAAAAAAUAAUUAGAGCCAACAAAGGGGAAAAAUGUUAUGUUCACAUCGAUCGUGGGUUGAAUGCAAUGACUGGCAAGUAUGCCACUCCAGCAACUAACGAGUUAGGAAUUCAAAUUAGAACCUUGUGCCCUUUGAAAGAUGUGAAGUCAUGGCUGGAUCUUGAUUUUUAUUGGAAAAUGGUUCCUGGCUUAAAGACUAGUCGGCUUCGGAAGAAGACACUCACGCAGCCAGAAACAGACUCGCCAGCUGCUAUUCCUUUAGGAUCACCCAUUGCUCCAUCUCCUGUUCUACCCGUCUGA